AAAUUGCACAUCAUCUUCUUCUUCCUGAACACGGAUCAAAGAAUCUUCCUUCACCUUGGACGACUCUCGUCGUCCCUUUUUCUCUUCUCUUCUCUGCUCUAAUCAUCGAUCAAAUUAUUAUUGUUUAUUAGGCAGACCAGAGAUUACUGUUAAUUUCGGGGAUUCUCGCCGCUGAAAUGGGCUGUUCCUCCUCUCUUCCAGAUAGGUCUGCGGGUAGAUCAGCUGGACUGAAUACGGAAAAUGGCGGAGGGCAUGACCCGAAAAACCUUAGGGUGAAGCUUGUACUAUUAGGAGAUUCAGGUGUUGGGAAAAGCUGCAUUGUUCUUCGUUUUGUUCGUGGUCAAUUUGAUCCAACUUCAAAGGUGACCGUUGGGGCUUCAUUCCUCUCUCAAACGAUUGCCUUGCAAGAUUCUACCACGGUUAAAUUUGAAAUAUGGGAUACAGCCGGGCAAGAGAGGUAUGCUGCAUUAGCGCCACUGUAUUACAGAGGUGCUGGAAUUGCGGUUAUCGCCUAUGACAUAACUAGUGCUGAAUCAUUUACCAAGGCACAAUACUGGGUCAAGGAACUGCAGAAACAUGGGAGCCCUGACAUUGUUAUGGCUUUGGUUGGAAAUAAGGCUGAUCUCCAAGAUAAAAGAAAAGUUCCUAUCCAAGAUGGCAUUGAUUAUGCUGAAAAGAAUGGUAUGUUCUUCAUAGAGACAUCUGCAAAAACUGCUGAUAAUAUUAACCAGCUGUUUGAGGAAAUUGGUAAAAGGCUGCCUCGGUCGCCCCCAUCAAGCAACACAUAAU